AUGCUGCAGCGCGCGGUUCGGUCGCAGCGGUGGCUGGUGAGGCAGCAGAGCUCGCUCACGUUGCCCGAGCUGGGCGUGUUCGAGUUCCUGGUGCUGUGCUUCGAGCAGGUGGCGGUGGCGGGCGCGGCCAUGAACUGCUUCCAAGCAGCAGCAGCAGCUGAAGAAGACGAUGGCGGUGACGAUGGGGGCAACGUGCCGUUGUUCCUUCCGGCGGUGGCGCGCGUGAUCCCGCAAGCCGUGAUGGUCAUCGUGGUGCUGAGCUUCUGCAUCGUCUGGGGCUCUCAAGUCGCUCAGUGGGGGCUUCGACUGCUUCAUUUGAGCUGCGCGGACCGAGUCACGUUCGUCGUGAGGCGGAGAUACCUCCCGCCGGUCAUCGCGCUGCUCAAGCUCUUCUUCCUGCUCUACGCGACGCUGAGACUCAACGACUCCAGCGGGCUGCAGUGGAAGCAGCAGACGAGUGCGCUCUGCGCCGCGCUCAUCCUCGUGGUCUGCGAGAUCGUGGACGUCUUUGCUGUCGCGCACUCGUGGGCGCUGAGUCGAUGGCGAGGCGUCCCCAUCGUGGACUGGCGCGAGCAGGAGCAGGAAGAGGGAGGCGAAGUGGACGCCAAGCAGUUCGUACUCACGUUCUUCGACCGGUGGAAGGACUGCGCCGAGAUCCCGUCCAUGGCGUGGGCCAGCUGGACGUGCUGCCAGCGCGGAGCUACGCCCGAGCAAUUGUCGUAUCAGUUGCAUCGCUGGCUCACGGUGCUCACCAUUGUCAUGGGCAUGAACGUGAUCCUGGUAUCGCCCGAAGUCGAGAACGACGUCGUCGGAGCCUCCAUCUUCCUGAUCGCUGACGUUGCGCUGACAGCUCUGAGGCUCUUUGAAGGGCGACACCGACGACGAGCUCGAAGAGAAGCCGUGCGGGCCCAGCGCCUUACUAUGAUGACUGCAGCAGCGGACAACGAUGAAAGCCACGGUGAUAAUGGCGAUAACAGCAGCGGUGAAGAGAAUGACGGCGUUGAGGCAAGUAAAGUAUCUAGUUCUCAAGGCCAAGCUGGAAGCCACGCGCCUGUUCUUCCACACCCACAGCGACCUACGCCAAAACGCGCUGAUAGCGUGCUGAAGCAGUGCUGGGACCUCAAGCGCCGUGGGGUUUGGAGAGAUACUGUCGCGCGUGGAAUCCCCGUGAAGGAGUGGGCGUACGCGUCUCUCGACUGUCUGUACUCCAUCUUGGUGGUGGUGAACUUCUACGAGACCGUAGACGGCUCCGAGCUUCAGGUUAUGCCUGGCCUUUUGACUGCUGACAGCUCCCUGCAGGCUGAAGAGCAAGAGGAGCAGCUCAUGAGGCAGGUCAACCGCGUGUCCAUGCGAGUCCCUGGAGUCCCCCACUACUUCCCAAUGGAUGAAUCCGCUACCACAACGGCUCGAAGCCCCAACUACUUCGCGUUGAGUGUCGAGGUCAUGAAGGCGCUGCUGCUUCCAGUGCCGAUCUGCGGCUGUGUGUACGUGCUGGUGCCAGUGGAUCACUACGUGUUCAAGCAAGGUGUCAACGUGUUCGUGGCUGGAGCCAUUGGAGCGAUCGCAGCAGCGAGAUCCAUCGACGCUUGUAGUCGAUCCUUGUACGGCCUUGGGCGCUUCGAUGGCGAUCCUCCUGGCGUCGAGAUGUUUGGCGGCUCCCCGUACGUCAAGGUCAGCACGGCGUUGCAGGUCUUCUGGGACCGCUUCAACGACUUCCUCGGUCCGCUGAGUCUCGACCACCUGGUCGUCAGCUCCCAAGUCGCGUCCAGGAACUUCACCGUCGUCUACUUCCUGCUGUGCGUCUGCGUGCUGCACGCUCUGAUCGCAUACGUGGACGCCAUCAACAUCAAGAGCGCAGUCUACCGAGCCGAGCGCCUUGGCUACCUCGUUGCAGUCACGUUCCUCGUCCGCAACUCGGUCAAGUACGUCGAGCGUCAAGGCGCGGACGUCUACGCGCCUGUGCUGCUCGUAGCGAUCGAGUUCUUCGGACAAGUCUCCGCUCUCGUCUCACGCUGCAAGAUUUGGUGCUCCAAGCGGAAGGCGGAGGCUGCAGAACGAACUUCACGCCAGUUGCCCAUGCUGUCUUCUAUCUCUGAGCCCGACGAGUGGCCCGUACUCAGCUCCGAGGAGAGCGGAAGACGUUCGACCCUUUCGACUGAGACUCGCGUUGCCUAUCGACGCGUGAACAGCGUCUGA